AUGAACUUUGGACUUCAGCAUAAUGAGAAUUAUAGCUCUAAUGUAGAGCUCAAUUCUACCCCUUUCAAUAUCCAAUAAAUACAAUACCCUAACUAUAAUAACAAUGAAAAUUAUUAGUGGCAUCAACCAGCUGUUCCUAUGACUUAAAGAUAUCUACCUACUGCUUAAAGUACAAGAUAAUUUGGCAAAUAGCUUUAAAACAUCCCCAAUAUAAGGGAAACUGUUCACCAAGCAGAUCAAAUGGAAGUGGACGAGGUUCCUCACUACAGAAAGUCCGCAAGGUAGACAUAAUCUUUUGUUACAAGGCAAAAAACUCGCAGUAAUAGAAGAAGUGACAGUAAUCGCUGCGGUACAACUAGGAAUAGUAAUAAUCCGGUUCUCAGUAAAAAUCAGCCUUAGCUUUUAAGAUCAUACAGUCAAGUACAUUAUGACUAUUAGUGUGAUAGAGACACUGCCUCAAACACUUAAUUUUGCUCCGAAUACGCUGGUCACAUCCAUUAAUACCUGUUAAGGUUAGACAAAUUAGAGCAAGUCGAUGCAAACUAUAUGGGCAGGCAAACAGAAAUAAAUGAUAAAAUGCGUGCAAUUUUAGUUGAUUGGCUAAUUGAGGUCCACUUGAAAUUUAAACUAUAGAAGGAAACUCUAUUCAUUACAAUCAAAAUUAUUGAUAGAUUUCUAGAAAAAGAAAUAGUUACUAAGAGUCGAUUACAGCUAGUCGGUGUAACUGCUCUCCUCAUUGCCUCCAAGUACGAGGAGAUUUACCCUCCUGAACUCAAGGAUUUUGUUUUUAUUACUGACAAAGCAUAUACAAAAGAGCAUCUUUUAGCAAUGGAGUUUAAUAUUUUAAGUGUGCUCUCAUUCGAUAUCACUUUUCCCACAGCGAAUCGCUUUCUCGAACGAUAUAUCAAGCUUCUCGGCAACGACCAUGAUAUUUGGAGCUAUGCACAAUUUUUUAUUGAGCUCGCAUUAAUAGAUAUUAGGAUGCUGCAAUAUGAUUCAUCAGUUGUUGCGGCAUCGGCAAUAUGCCUCGCCUACAAAGAUUUAUCGUUAGCGAUGAGUUGUGUCUAAGCAUCGCCUUAGUACGACCAGAGAGUAGAGUAGUACAUAUCUCAGAGCCUCGGAUUCAAUGAGACAGACCUCUUGAUAUGUAUAAAAGAACUACAAUUUAUAAAAAUUCGCAGUACUAACUCAACUCUGCAAUCUGUGCGAAAGAAGUACGCACAUCCACAAUAUAGCUCCAUACAUCCCUAUAUUUUUCAAUAAAGCUGA